CAUCUUACUGCCACGGACAAUUUCUCUGCUACAAAUAAGCUUGGACAAGGUGGAUUUGGAUCAGUCUAUAAGGGUCAACUAGUUAAUGGACAGGAGAUAGCUGUGAAAAGGUUAUCAAAACAUUCGGGACAAGGAAUGGAAGAGUUUAAGAACGAAGUCAUGUUGAUUGCAAAACUACAGCACAGAAAUCUAGUGAGGCUUUUGGGUUGUUGCAUCCACAGGGAAGAGAAGAUGUUAAUAUAUGAAUACUUACCAAACAAAAGCUUGGACUACUUUAUAUUUGAUGCAACGAGAAGGUCACAUUUGGACUGGACAAAGCGGCUCGAAAUUGUUACUGGAAUUGCUCGAGGGAUCUUAUAUCUUCACCAAGAUUCAAGACUGAAAAUCAUCCACAGAGAUCUGAAAGCUAGCAAUGUUCUAUUGGAUGUUUCAAUGAAUCCAAAAAUUUCAGAUUUUGGAAUGGCUAGGAUGUUUGGAGACGACCAAACUCAAGCAAAUACAAACAAAGUAGUUGGUACAUAGUAAGUGAUCAUAUUGAUUAUGGUAUUCACCUAUUUGGACCAAAGAUGAACAAGAUUAUAUGCUAUUCUUUUCACACUGUGUGCCUACAGUGGUUAUAUGUCACCGGAAUAUGCAAUGCAAGGGCUAUACUCAACAAAAUCUGAUGUGUACAGCUUUGGUGUUUUGCUAAUAGAGAUCAUUAGUGGCAGGAAGAACACAGAUUACAUCGAUGGAAGCUCCUCGCCAAAUCUCAUUGCACAUGAAGGUGUAACAGAUCGACCGACAAUGUCUGCUGUUAUUGGUUCCACAACCCAACACACCUGCAUUUAUUUACCUAAAGAAUACCUCUCCUAAUGCAGACUCUUCGAUGUCUAGAUCAUUAGAAGCUAUUCUUUGAAUAGCAUCACCAUAACUGCAUUUGAAGCUCGUUGAGCUUAAUGUAUAAUGUGUGACCUUCUUCUUGUUCUUCUACAAUAAUAUUAUAUUGAAUUAAUUUAAAGAACCACAUGUACCCAUGCCACU